AUGGGGUUUAAAAACGUAAUUAAAACGGUAAAGGAGGGAUUUGGUUGGAAAUAUAGGGAGCAACGACAACCGUUUUUGGACGCAAAACAAUUCGUUUUCAAACAUCUAGGAUCCCAAAUCCAGCGAUUUUGCUCUCGUACCAAAAUAGUGAGGGCCGAGCUAGUACUCAAGUGGGUGACCAUUGGGGAAUCCUCGGUGUUGUAUGUUUUGACUUUUAUUACCUGUAUCGGUGUAUUGUUUUGCACGCCGCCGCAAUCGACUUUACACCGACGACGGAGGUUGUUUGCCUUUUUCGGAUUGCGCACCAAUAUAUCGAUGGCCAUGGCUAUGGUUAUGGGUUGUGGAAGUUUCAAUGCCACCAGAGGAAAGGCGCCUGCAGCCCGCCUCUUUUCCUUUUGA